AUGAUGGCUGAGGACCUUGUACCAAACUUUGAAUACAUCAUAGCGUAUGCCAAAGAUUACAUUGAAGAAGGUAAACUAUUUGAUAUAUUUGAAAUAGAAGAAAUCCAAACGAUUCUUAAAAACAUAAAUUUAACAUCACAGGAAUUUGUUGGACUUCUCAAUCAAUCAUCUCCAAAUUUUAGAGGAUAUGGAUUUUACGAAUGUACCCGAGAUGUAACAGUCCCCAUAAAAAAUCUUGAUGAAGCCAUUGCAAUAUUGAAAUCGAUGAGAGAACGCCUUGGGCAAAGAUUCAUUGAUGAUAUUGUCAAUAUUUUAAACCAAACAUCUAAUCAAAUGUCUGAUUUAAUGAGAGAGAACUCAAGUUUAAGAAAUUUUAUUAACAAUUUUCAAGUUAUGAUAAAAAACACUCUUGACCAACAUGAGAAUGAUGAAAAAGAAAUAGCAUCUCUAAAAUCAGCAAUUGGAGAAAAGGAAAGAAUAAUUGCUCAAAUUACUGAACAGAAUAAUAAAUUAAAAGAGGAAAUCAAAUAUCAUAAAGAAAUCUUCCCGGUGAUUGAUAGUAUGAAGAAAUGCAACGAUUUUAAUACAUUAUAUAAUUUCUUUGAUGGAGCUUCAAGACGAGAAAAUCAAAAUAUAAUGAAAAAAGCAAUUGAAGAAAGACUCAAUGAAAGGAUAAUUUGGGAUGGUCAGAAUGUUCUUCAUUGUGCUAUAAGUUUUGGAAACUUCAAUCUUGUUGAAAAACUAAUUGAAUGUGGCUGCAAUAAAGAAGGAAGAGACAAAAGUGGAAAAACUCCUCUUAUUUGUGCAGCUUAUCAUGAUCGUCUUGAAAUCGUUGCAUAUCUUAUCUCUUUAGGAGCUGAUAAAGAAGCAAGGGAUAAUGAUGGAAAUACACCACUUCAUCAUGCAUCGCGGAAUGGCUAUCUUCGUGUUUGCCAAUAUCUUAUCCAAAUAGGUGCUGAUAAAAAGGCAAUAAACUAUAAAGGUGAAACCCCACGUUCCUGUGCUGAUAGUACUGUAAGAAAUUCAAAGCUAUAUCAGUCAUUAUAA